AUGAUCCGCCAGGAGCUCUCCACAUCCUACCAGGAGCUGAGUGAGGAGCUGGAUCAGGUGGUUGAGAACUCGGAGCAGGCGGACGAGCGGGACAAGGAGACGGUCAAAGUCCAGGGUCCAGGGAUCUUGCCAGCCUUGGACAGCGAGUCGGCCUCCAGCAGCAUCCGUUUCAGCAAGGCCUGCCUGAAGAACGUCUUCUCAGUCCUGCUCAUCUUCAUCUACCUGCUGCUCAUGGCCGUGGCCGUCUUCCUGGUCUACCAGACCAUCAUGGACUUCCGCGAGAAGCUCAAGCACCCUGUCAUGUCGGUGUCUUACAAGGAGGUGGAUCGCUACGACGCCCCAGGCAUCGCCCUGUAUCCCGGUCAGGCCCAGCUGCUCAGCUGUAAGCACUAUUACGAGGUCAUCCCGCCUCUGAGGAGCCCCGGGCAGCCUGGAGAUGUGAACUGCACCACUCAGAGGAUCAACUACACGGACCCCUUCUCCAAUCAGACCCUGAAAUCCGCCCUGAUUGUGCAGGGGCCGCGGGAGGUGCAGAAGCGGGAGCUGGUCUUCCUCCAGUUCCGCCUGAACCAGAGCAGUGAGGACUUCAGCGCCAUCGAUUACCUGCUCUUCUCGUCCUUCCAGGAGUUCCUGCAGAGCCCAGACAGGGCCGGCUUCAUGCAGGCCUGCGAGAGCGCCUAUUCCAGCUGGAAGUUCUCGGGGGGCUUCCGGACCUGGGUCAAGAUGUCCCUGGUGGAGACCAAGGAGGAUGGGCGGGAGGCGGUAGAGUUCCGGCAGGAGACCAGUGUGGUUAACUACAUUGACCAGAGACCUGCAGCCGAGAAGAGCGCUCAGUUGUUCUUCGUGGUCUUUGAAUGGAAAGAUCCUUUCAUCCAGAAAGUCCAGGACAUAAUCACCGCCAAUCCUUGGAACACAAUUGCUCUUCUCUGUGGAGCUUUCUUGGCAUUAUUUAAAGCUGCAGAAUUUGCCAAACUGAGUGUGAAAUGGAUGAUCAAAAUUCGGAGACGAUACCUUAAGAGAAGAGGUCAGGCAACAAACCACAUUAGCUGA